AUGUUUAUCAUCUUGCCGUUCGUCGUCCUUCUGUCUACUCUCCCCCUUAUUGAAGGGACUUGCAGAUCAUUUGAUAAUUAUUAUAUUCUUGGAGAGCUAGUGACUACCCCACCAGUUGAACAGGAUUGUGAUCCCGCUGAUAUAUGUACCUAUGUUUCUUUGGAUAUUCCUGCUUUUGCUGUUGGAUCUUUUGCCGGAUGUUCUGGUGAUGUUCAUAUGCGUUUAAUUGUUGGAAUCUUGUCAAAGAGGAAAGAUCUCCAUGACGGUGUUCAGAGAUUUUUGCAGAAACACAACAUGUCUUUGACUUAUCCUAAAUUUUCUAGACUUGCAUCCUAUGGAGAUCAACUACAUCGUUUUAAAACAUUUUCUGGUGAAGGAAAAAUCUUUCUUCAUUUUUCCAAUCAAGGAAAGAAAUACAGCGAGCCAGCUAUAAAUUUUAAACCACCAGCUUCAGGUGAAAAACCUGCCAAGUGCGGAACUGAUACUGGUAAAAGAGACUGCUUCGAAGGAUACUGUGCAAUGGUUGAGAUUGGUUCAGUUUCAAAAGACGGAAAAUCUCAAGUCUCAAAGAAAAUUCAGGAUUGUCCAACUAGAGUGUAUGAUGAGUUGUAUUUGAUCUCUGAAUCUUUACCAGAAAAUGAUUUCAACCAAGCACUUCUUGAUGACUUAAAGAAAGUUGGUACAAUAUGCGCUCAGAGGACAACUCAUACAGAAUUAUUUAAAGGUGGUGCGUCAUCCUUUUAUUGGCAUGUGGAUUGUUUUGUUCCACCUGAUUCUCCUACUCCAAUACAACCUGCUGCUUUCAUUUUCCAUACACCUCACAAUUACUUCAGUUUCCCUAUUUACAAGGACGGUAAAUAA